AAGUUAAAUAAUGGAUGAUUUUUUUGAAGAAGUGACAACUUAAGCUGUUCCAACUGAGGCUCCAUAAAGUGAUCAAAGCCAAAUCUAAUAGAUCUAAGUAAGAGAUAUCAAAUAAAGUAGUAUGAUGUAUUUAGUGCUUUUUCUAAUGAAGCACCUGUUCAAUUUUAGUCAUCUGUAGUCUACGUGGUAUUUUAUAAUUCAAAAUUAGAGCCCAGAAUAAUAGAUUAGAAAGGAUAAACUGAAAAUAAUUGAAGAGGAAAGGCUUGCUUAGAUAAGAGAAAAGGAUUAAUAGGAAAGGAUAUUGAAAUAAUAAAAAAAAUAAAAAGGUCAAGAGUAUUUGCAAUAAUUCAAAAGGUAAAUUGAAGAAUAACAUGAAAUAGUUAAUUAGAAACAGAUAUUUAAUAAAGAAAAGUGUUGAAUAAGUAGAAAUAAGAGGUUUGGUUUGAAAAUUAAAAGAAUCAUAGUUAGUAUGUAAGAUUAGUGUUUAAAUAUAAGAAAAAUUCAUGGGACUAAAUUGCAUCUAAUAUAGCUUUAAAGGAUGGUGAGUACCCAGGAUAAAAGGAUGUGACAAAGAUGAGAUAAGCAAUCCUUAAUAAGAAAAUCGAUUUGACUAAGUGAAGCUGAAGAUUUAU